CGGCUUUGUAAAGCGCUGCUGAGGGUGAGCGCACGGCCGCGGCAACUGAACAAAGGAGCAGGGCGCCGCCGCUGGGACCCGCCACCGACCUCCCGGGCCGCGCCGGCCUCCCGCCCGCCGCCACCAUGACCGCCAACGGCACGGCCGAGGCCCUGCAGAUCCAGUUCGGUCUCAUUAACUGCAGCAACAAGUACCUGACGGCCGAGACGUUCGGGUUCAAGGUGAAUGCGUCGGCCAGCAGCCUGAAGAAGAAGCAGAUCUGGACGCUGGAACAGCCGCCCGACGAGGCGGGCAGCGCAGCCGUGUGCCUGCGCAGCCACCUGGGCCGCUACCUGGCGGCGGACAAGGAUGGCAACGUGACCUGCGAACACGAGGUGCCCAGUGCCGACUGCCGCUUUCUCAUCGUGGCGCACGACGACGGCCGCUGGUCGCUGCAGUCUGAGGCGCACCGGCGCUACUUUGGCGGCACCGAGGACCGCCUGUCGUGCUUCGCUCAGACCGUGUCGCCGGCCGAGAAGUGGAGCGUGCACAUCGCCAUGCACCCCCAGGUCACCAUCUACAGCCUGGCCCGCAAGCGCUACGCGCACCUGAGCGCGCGGCCGGCCGACGAGAUCGCAGUGGACCGCGACGUGCCCUGGGGCGUCGACUCGCUCAUCACGCUGGCCUUCCAGGACCAGCGCUACAGCUUGCAGACGGCCGACCACCGCUUCCUGCGCCACGACGGGCGCCUAGUGGCGCAUCCCGAGCCCGCCACCGGCUACACGCUCGAGUUCCGCUCCGGCAAGGUGGCCUUCCGCGACUGCGAAGGCCGCUACCUGGCGCCGUCGGGGCCCAGCGGCACGCUCAAGGCGGGCAAGGCCACCAAGGUGGGCAAGGACGAGCUCUUCGCCCUGGAACAGAGCUGCGCCCAGGUGGUGCUGCAGGCGGCCAACGAGAGGAACGUGUCCACGCGCCAGGGUAUGGACCUGUCGGCCAAUCAGGACGAAGAGACCGACCAAGAGACUUUCCAGCUGGAGAUCGACCGCGACACCAAAAAGUGCGCCUUCCGCACCCACUCGGGCAAGUACUGGACGCUGACGGCCACCGGGGGUGUGCAGUCCACUGCCUCCACCAAGGAUGCCAGCUGCUACUUUGACAUUGAGUGGCGUGAUCGGAGGAUCAUACUGCGCGCGUCCAAUGGCAAGUUUGUGACAGCCAAGAAGAACGGCCAGCUGGCUGCCUCGGUGGAGACAGCAGGGGACUCGGAGCUCUUCCUCAUGAAGCUGAUCAACCGCCCCAUCAUCGUGUUCCGUGGGGAGCACGGCUUCAUCGGCUGCCGCAAGGUCACAGGCACCCUGGACGCCAACCGCUCCAACUACGACGUCUUCCAGCUGGAGUUCAGAGACGGCGCCUACAACAUCAAAGACUCCACAGGCAAGUACUGGAUGGUGGGCAACGACUCCUCCGUCACCAGCAGCAGCGACAGCCCUGUGGACUUCUUCUUCGAGUUCUGUGACUACAACAAGGUGGCCAUCAAGGUGGGCGGGCAUUACCUGAAGGGGGACCACGCGGGGGUCCUAAAGGCCUGCGCUGACACUAUCGACCCCACCACGCUGUGGGAGUACUAGGGCCCCGCCGCUGGCAUCCCCCUCCCCACCCUGCCCAACCCGCCCUGCUAACUCUCUUCUCCAGGUGGGCUCUGCUGUGGGUGGCGAGCCCCUUGCCUUUCAAACUGGAAACCCAGAGCAAAUGGUGCCCUCACCUGUUGUCCCACGUGGCCUCCCCUGGGCAGGUCAGAGGCUGUGACCUGGUCCUUGGAGGGAUUUCACAUCCCUCUGCUCUCUCUUCUCUGCCCUGGGCGAGGCUGGAACUUCUUUCUUCUGACCUCAGACAACUCUGAGCCUUAUUUCCCCGAAGAGGCCGAGGAGGAGUGGGGGGCUGGGAGGCCUUCCCGAGCUCAGCUCCUGGGAGUGGCGGGGUGUAACUGGAAUCUCCUGUCCCCUCCUGAACCUCCCCCUCCCCCAUUUCCCGGGAGCCAAGCUCUUGCCCCAGGCCUGUUGGUGGCCCCCCUGGGGCGCCAUCCCUGUGUUGUCAGGAGGACAGCUGGUGGACAGGACGGGGCUGGCUCCAGGCCCCUGUGAGUGGAGCAGGUUUGGUUUGGUGGCCGCCCGGGCCUGGCCACUGCACACACAUCCUGCUGUGGUCCGGGGGUCCUGCUCCUGUCUCUUUUCUUUCACUCUGGCCUGACUGGAAGCAGAAAAUGACCAAGUCAGUAACUUUUUUUUUUCAGUGAAAUGUUAUUGCUGGAGGAGCCCCAGGCAAGCCUGGUUGUAGCCAUGGGUGGUCUUCAAGGGGUCUUGGUGGGGGGGUAGUCUUGAGACAGCAUCUCCGGGCCUCAGUGCCCUCCACCCACUAGUGGUGGGGUAGGUGGGGUGCCUCCCUGAAUCCAGAACCUGCCUCCACCUUCCCAGGGGGCUCUCACCGGCCCCUUCCCUCCCAUGUGCCUGGGCCCCAGGCCUGUGUCCCCACCUGGUGGUGCUGGGCCCUUCACCGCCUCAGCCAGGGCCCCUGGUGUGAUCGGUGCUCCUCUUCUGACUGGACUCCCGGGUCUCGGCAGGAUGAAGCUGGGCGUCGCCCUCAGCCGGGAGCCCCGUGGAAGCCCCCUGGUCCCUGGCUCCUAGCCCCGCCCCUGCCAGUUCCCUUCCCCUCUGGUUAGUGUCCACCAUGCAUCUCACUCUGGGUGUCUUGGUCUUUUAUUUUUUGUAAGUGUCAUUUGUAUAACUCUAAAUGCCCAUGAUAGUAGCUUCAGACUGGAAAGAGCAAAAUAAAGUUAACGCAAGUCUGCA